AGCAGCCAGUCGUGUUUUUCCCCUCGCUGAGCUCACUCUCUCUCAUCCUCUGCUCCGGCUCUCAAACGCUCUGUUGCUCAGCGAACAGACCAGACCUCUCCUCUCCACUUCUUCUUCUCUUCUCCUACCCGUUAAGUCUGCUCUAUCCUCUUCUUUUAUCUGUUUCUUCCUCACAUUUCUUCUUCAUCCCUGUCUGCCCCCCUGCCCACUACCACCACCACCCAGGUGCCAGGGACAUUAGUGGGGGUCCCGGCGUGUCUUUUUGACUGUGUGUGUGUGUGUGUGUGCGUGUGUGUGUGUGUGUGUGUGUGUUUAUGUGAGAGUUUGCCGGUAGUGUUUUCAGCAUGGAAGCGGUGGCAUUGUACACGUUUCGUGCCACAGAGGGUGAUGAGCUCAGUUUCAACAAGGGAGACUUGCUUAAGAUCACCAACAUGGAGGAUGAUCCUAACUGGUACACGGCCGAACUCCACAACCGGAAAGGGUUCGUGCCGAAAAACUACAUCAACCUGCGUCCACACGCCUGGUUCGCCGGUCGCAUAUCUCGCGGCGUGGCAGAAAGUCGACUCAGACACAGAGAGUGCGGCGCCUUCCUGGUCAGAGAGAGCGAGAGUGCUCCUGGGGAGUUUUCCAUGUCUGUCAGUUAUGGAGAUCAUGUUCAGCAUUUCAAGGUACUGCAGGAUCGCUGUAGUCAGUACUACGUGUGGGACGAGGCGUUCUCCUCUCUGAACGAGCUGGUGGACUUCUACCAUAGCAACAGCAUCGCCAAGGAGAGGACGGUCUUUCUGAGAGACCCCGAGCACUUCGCCAGGCGUUCCCAUCACGCCCAAGCUGUCUUCGACUUCACCCCGCACCACCCGUCCCAGCUACGCUUCCUGCGUGGUGAUGUCAUUGAACUCAUUGACUGCUCUGAUUCGGUGCGCUGGAGGGGCCGUUGCCAUGGACGCGUGGGCUACUUCCCUCCAGAGUACGUCCAGCCCAUUUAUCACUGCCAGUGACCUGACUUCGUGUCAAACAAGCGCACGGCCAUUCCUUCGGGUUCACCGACGAGCCAUCCUGAAAGACACUCACGCUGCUCCCCCGCUCUGCACUCGCCCGUCAACUUCCUGGAGCAAACGACGGAGCUACCACCGAACGACCCGUUCCCUAAACUGACUCCUCCUCCCCCCUGUGAUGUCGCCCUUCAAAUAAGCCUUUGCUACAGGCUCAUCUGAUCAUCUGAUCCCGAAGACUUCACUUUCUCCUCCGAUCCAGACAUGGACCUAUACACUGUGGAGAACUCUCACAUAUAUUCAAAGUCAUACAUAUUCCCAGUUAUAAUCAUUUAUUACAGCUUACCAGCUCUAGUGCGGCCUAAAUAAAAGUAACACACAUAAACACUAAACUGAGGGGAAAAGUGUGUGGCCCGUGAAAACGUCUGAAGGAAGAGCAGGCUUGCUCUCUGGCUCAUUUACUCCAGUAUUUUGCCAUCCUUUUCACCGGGAGCUGGGCAGAAAGACACAGAAAGUCAUUGUGAGUGUGAACACUUAGAGGAUACUGACACAGCAGAUUCCUCUCUCACUGAGCUGGAGUGUGUGUGUGUGUGUGUGUGUGUGUGUGUGUGUGUGUGUGUGUGUGUGUGUGUGUGUGUGUGUGUGUGUGUGUGUGUGUGUGUGUGUGAGUGUGGGUCUGCACAGAUGUAAAGCUGCAGUCUUUACAUACAUAUAUGCAUGUUGCGUGAAGAUGAGAGGGAGUGAGAACGAGUGGCUGUACGAGUUAGUGUUGAUUGUAUCUGUGUGCGCGUAUAUAUAUAUAUGUGUGUGUGUGUGUGUGUGCAUGUGUGUGUGUGAGUGUGCUCAGUGGACCAGUGAAAGGAGUUACUGUGUUACAGUGUGACAGUAAGACGAACACUGCCCAGACAUCGCUUUGUUAAUACAAAAAAAGAAAAACGCGCUGCUUAAAAUGUAACAUGCUCAACUCAAUUUACUGAUCAUUUGUUUGUUCUUGAGUAUUUAUUCUUAUCCAUGUGUGAUCUUAAAGUACAUAUACUGCAAGUGAAUUUAAACAUCGUAUUAAAGUUUUGCUUCUGUUGAAACUGUUGCAGUUGCUUAAGAGGAACAAAUCUAAUGUGACUGACGGCAAGAACUUGGAUCGGUCUUCCUUAUCCUGUAACGAAAUCAUUGAAAUAAAGUGAUACAUUUACAUCUUUGAGCCCUGAA